UCAACUCAGCACCGCAUUAGAACAACAAAAAAACAAAAUAAAUUUGGCUAAAAUGAAAUAUCGGAUUUUGAAUCAAUUAACAUUUUUCAUUUAUGUCUUAUUUGCCACUACCGGCCAUGCGGAUCGGGUUUCGUUGAUAAAAUGUGGCAAACUUCCAGCUUGUGUGGAGAACAUCAAUGUGGAGACAAUACAAGUUAUGGAGGAGCAUAUGUACAACAACACCGAUCCUUGUGGGGACUUCUGGGACCAUGCCUGUGGAUCGUGGCGCGAGUCACCCUAUUAUGAUCAUGUCGAUACCAUUGGGGCCAUGACCAAUUAUUAUGCCGAUCGAUUGAUAGAUUUAUUGGAGACUUUAGAAAAAUCCCAUGGAGAGUUACGGGACAUUUCGGGGAUGACCCGCAAAAUAUGGCAGUAUUAUGAAUCGUGUCGCACGAGCGGGGAAUAUUUUCUGAAAAUGUCCAAAUAUCUGAAGGAGUUUAAAAUGAAGGACAUUUUUGGCAACAAUUUCAAGUGGGGUGAUUUAAUUGAUGGCGUGUCAGAUGGUGGAUGGCAUAAUUUUGAUUGGCUGCAACCCUUGGCCUAUUUAAGGCAAUUUGGUUUAAAUGGCGUGUUCUUCAAGGAAUCGGUGAACUUGGCAGCCAAUGAUUCCAGCGUCCCGGUGGUGGAAUUGAAAAUUCCCAAUGGAGAGAAACAAUUUCGCAAUAAAUACGAAAUUUAUGAAAUUUUUGAAGAAUUUGAAUUCAAUCGGGCCUUUGCACCCAACGAGCUAUGGAAGCUAACGGACAGCGUAUAUGGUCUGCAGCGGGAAUUACUGGCAUUUUACAAAAUUUAUGAAAAUACGAACAAUGAAAUGAGUAGCCUGACUCUGCAGCAGUUAAACAGAGCUGAGCCGAGCUUGAAUUGGCAAUUGUAUUUUGAUAGGCUUGCCGGAAAACCCUUAGAUCCCAAGACCCUGAUUCUGGAGGUGCCCUCAAACUUGGAAUAUUUCCAAGAUUUACGAAAUUUCCUCAAGCAAAAGGACUCCUCGACCAUUGCCUGGUAUAUCCUGGUGAGUUUUCUCAAACAUUUGUUCAGCGUAAAACCUUUGAUUAGCCCUCGCCACUGCCUGCUGCACACCAAUGUUAUGUUUCCGCUGGGUGUUAACUAUAUCUACGAUCGUUUUCUCUAUGAAAAUCGCCAACAGGAUGAGAGAGUCCUUCAAGAAAUUUUAGCACAAUUGAAACAACAGUUCUCUCUCUAUUUGCAAGAGAAUAAAUUUCAACUCUCGCCCACAGAAUUGCGAUACUUAGAAGAGAAAUUAAAUGCAGUCUCUCUGAAAAUUGGCAAUCUACCCCAACACAUACCCGAUCUCAAUGACUAUCACUCCGGCUUACAGCUGUCCAGGGAUAAUUUCUACUACAACCAUUUACAGUUGCUUAAGUUUCGUUUUUAUCAACAACACAAGGCUGCUCUCCAGGAAAAUCCAAGUCACAUUCCUCUCCCACACCUCUACUAUGUCAAUGAUGACAUUGCAGCGCUACGCAAUGCUCCCUACUUCAAUCAUCCGCGUAAUGAACUCGUCAUACCCAUGGUGUUCCUACAACUCCCCUUUUAUCAUCACCGGCAACAUCCUCUCCUGCAACACUCAAUACUCGGUUGGAUAAUGGCCCAUGAGUUGUCACAUGCUUUCGAUCCGCGUGGCCUAAAAUAUGAUCACCACGGCAACUCUAAUCCAAUGGGUCAACAAAUUGCCCAAAAUCCCCUAUUCAUAGACAGCCUAGAAUGUCUGACCGACAACAAUUCACCCACAGUAUCACUAAACGAACGCCUGGCCGAUGUCAAUGGUCUCCAAUUGAUUUGGGAUGUUUAUUCUCCUAAAAUCGACAAGGAAAAGAAGCUCUCUUCUACAUUCACCAACCCGCAAUUAUUUUUCCUAAAUUUCGCUCAAUUCUUUUGUGGCUCUCUACCCCCCAGCCAUGCCCAUGACUUGGACAAUGUUCGAGUGAGGGAGACAGUGCAACACAUCGCCGAUUUUAAACGAAUAUUUAAAUGCAAAACGAAGAGAGACGAAGGCGAGAGAGGAGAGUGCAGAAUUUGGAAGAGAUAAAGAGAUACAUGUGUAGAUAAAUAGAAAUAGAUUUAAGAGAAAUUGUUUUGAGAGAAAAAAAAAAUUUGAAUUAAAUGCUCUUUUUGGGUACGCAAGAAAUUGGGAGCCAACUGAGCCGAAUUAUCCAUGCUGAGAGAAGAGAGUGCAGAAAUAAAUAGAAAUAGAUUUAGGGGAAAUUGUUUU